UGGAACAUAGCUUUGGCUAACUUGGCCUGCAGCCGAAGUGGCUUUUAAAAUCCAAAAAAAUAUUAUAGCCCAGCCAUCCAAUUGAAUAUCCUUCCUACCUCUCCAAGGAAUUCUUUGCUUGCACUGCCUUGCGCGUGGAGACUAAAGGGAGAAUAGGAAAGCUACAUAGGAGGAAAAAAGAAAAAGAAAAAAAAGAGAAUGCACACAAUCGAUGGAAAAAAAAGAAAGAAAAGUAGAAGAAAUUAUUUAAUUAUUUUUUAGAGUUGUCGACUUUGUCAUUAAACUUAUAUUGCACCCUUGCACUCACCUUCAAGGCUUAAUUCAAGAAGCGAAUUAAGCUUCUAUAUUUGUUAAGUACGGUAAACUUCUCUCAAUUUGUUGAUGUUGAAAUUUUUUGUUAUCAAAGAAAUUACAUUGAUAUUUAUCAGAUACGGUAAGCUUCUUUCAUUAUGUUCCUCCUUAAGUAGGUGUAUUAUUAAUUUUUUUUUAUCAAUGAAAUUACAUUGUGCUAGUAUAUUUCUAUGUACUAGUAUAUUUAUAUGUAAGGUAAAUUUAAUCCCAUCAAGCUUGAAAUCCUGAGUCCGCAACAUUCUCGACCGAUCGAUCAAGUUGCUCACCGAAACUUCAACAACCCAACAUGGAGAAAACGACACCGUCGCAUCCAACCCUUCUCUUCCUCACCGUCCUCCUCCUGACAACCGCGCAGCCAUCACAGUCGUUCGCCUACUCGCAGUACCGAACCCUCUUCUCCCUCUCCCACUCGCUCAUGACGCGAGUGGCCAACCUCCGCGAGGCGCGUGGCGACGUUUCGGGGGCUGACCGGGCCAGGCUCGUCGCGGCAAAGCUGGAAGGGGGGCUCGUGGGCGGAUGGGGGUUCAUGUGGUCGGCAGCCUGGGACUACAUGAAGAACUACGCAUGGAGGGAGUUGCCCUAUUCGGAGGUAUACGGCGCCGUUUCGGACGCGAACGAAUUGCUCAGGUGGCUGGGUGAGUUGGGUCGAAAGGAAUCGGACUCGGAGAGAGCCGCGUGGGUGGGACAGAAUUACCGAAGUGUCCUCAGAGUCUCAAAUUCGCUGCUCCGCAGGCUCCUCACGGUGUUCUAUCACUCGGGAACGUUGAGAGAAUUGGUGAAGGCAGUGCAAAACGAGGUGGAGGAGGGGGAGCUGUUGAAGGAUUUUCUUGAAUUGGGCACCAAUGAUUUCAAAGGUUUGAUCCAAAUUCUCAAGGAUUUGGGAUUACAAUACGGUUCCUCUACUAUGCACCAAGAUUUAUGACAUAUAUGUAGUUAAUUUGUAAUUUGUAAUCCUUUUACUACACAGAAAAGAAAACGAGACCAUUAAAAAUUUUUGUC